AUGUCGCCGCCACCGGGCGUCAAUGCCCAACUGCGCCAGCUCGUUCACUACCACCUCGAUAACGGCUUCACCGAAAACGCUCUCUUCCUCGCGGGCCGUCUGCAUGCUCUCGAGCCUCGUAACCCGGACGCAUCACAUCUGCUUGCGCUCUGCAGUCUCCGCCUGGGUAGAUACAAAGCUGCCUAUGACGAGGCGCGGGCCAAAGGAGCCCAUGUCCAGCAUCUUGGCUGCGCCUAUGUUUUUGCUCAGACAUGUCUCGCCCUCGGUCGUCAUGAGCAGGGUGCGCAUGCGCUGGAGAAGGUGCGCAGCCUAUGGGCCGGACGCAACCACUGGAACAAGCACUCGGACACUUCACGACGGCAUAUGCCGGACGCGGCCGCCUGCUACUGUAUGCUCGGCAAACUAUAUGCUGCGCACGGCGACACCAAAAAGGCCAUUGAUCACUUUGUCGACGCGCUCAAGAUCAACUCCUUCAUGUGGGACGCCUUCACUAGCUUGUGUGACAUUGGCGCCGUAGUCCGCCCCCAUAACAUCUUCAAAAUCACCCCCGAUAUGCUCCCUCUACCUUCGCCGUCGGAAGUCGACCCUUUCAAUCCCUCGUCACGACAAGCUGGCGACGGCGGACUCAACAUGGGCGGCGCAAACCUGCUCUCCAGAUUUAAUAGUGGCCGCAGUGCCCAACCCACUCACCACCAAGACGUCGAAACCCCAGUUUCCAACGGCCACAGCGUGCACAAUAUGCACGACACGCAUGCUACCAUGGGCAACGCUGGUGGACUAGGUACCACUCGCCCCAUCACUGGACGAGUACGGACCAAGACGAACCCGGAAGUUGACCAGACCGAUAUUCCACGCCCAAUAUACCAGAAUGGACAUAAGAGGACUGUGUCUGGUCAUGCCCUGCAGCCAUCACAGAACCCAUCUUCACAGCCAAUGGAUCCCACGGCAGCGCCCCCGCGCCGAAGCGUCAGACUACUAAACUCGAUAACUCAGAUACGGACCACAAGCAGUAGGCCAGGGGGGUCUUCGAACAGAGACGUUGAGUCAAAGGAGCGACGCGAACUGCGGAGAGCGAGGGCUGCAGUACCCAAGACACGAUCAGGAACCACCUCGACUGUAGGGAGAGUUGUUAGUGGCAACAGGAAGCCACACGUUGAAGUCUCUGAUUUACCACCCAAGGCGGAGGGAAGGCCUGCCAGCGUGAUGGGCAUGCCUGUCGCGCCACCACCAAAGAUGGCGCCACCAGCCGACUCCUCAAGAGAGCGAGACCGGGAGCGGGAUGUAUUGAACUGGCUGUUGGAUUUACUUCUCAAGAUCGCCUCCGGUUAUCGCCAUCUGAGUCGCUACGAUGCAAUCAAGGCUCUUGAAGCUUUUUCAGCUGUGCCGAAAGCCCAACGGGAAACACCCUGGGUCCUUGGACAUAUUGGAAAAGCCCAGUACGAGUGUAGCCAAUACGCAGAGGCGGGGAGUACAUUUAAGAAGAUCCGAGACUUGGCGCCUUCUUCCGUAGAGCACAUGGAAGUUUAUUCGAACACGCUCUGGCAGCUCAGAGAUGAGCUGGCUUUAGGUCAUCUUGCCCACACACUGAUGGAUCAGGAUCGACUCUCCCCACAAGCUUGGUGUGCCCUCGGGAACGCUAGUUCGCUGUCUCGGCAGCAUGACGAUGCUGUGAAAUGCUUUUCCCGCGCUACGCAGCUAGACCCCAAGUUCGCAUAUGCUUUUACAUUACAGGGUCACGAGCACGUGGCGAACGAAGAAUUUGACAAGGCCAUGGCAGCGUAUCGCAAUGCCAUCAGCGCCGACAACAGACACUACAACGGAUGGUAUGGGCUUGGCAACGUGUACGAGCGUCUAGGCAAGUACGAGGUGGCCGAGAAGCACUACCGAGCAGCGGCAGACAUCAAUCAGAGCAAUGCCAUGAUUCUUGUCCGAAUUGGUUUAGUCCUCGACCGCAUGAAGAAAAUCGAACCCGCACUCAUGCAAUUUGAAAAUGCUAUCCGCAUCGACCCUCGCUCAAUCAUGGCCCGCUUCCGCAAAUCUCAAGUCCUACUCAAACUCAACGCACCGCAGGAAGCACUUCACGAACUACUCUACCUCAAAGACGCUGCUCCAGAUGACCCGAAUAUCCACUUCUUACUCGGACGCUGCUACAAGAAACUUAGGGAACGCGCUAGCGCUAUCCGCCAUCUCACUAUUGCUAUGAAUUUGGAUCCAAAAAGCCAUGGCGUCAUCAAAGAGGUCAUGGAGAGUUUAGAUCAAGAAGAUGAUGGUGGGUGGAGUAGUGAGGAUGAUCAUUGA